AUGCGAAGAACAGUCGACCAGUGUCCUGCCGACACUGUCUUAGCACCAUCAGGGUACCCCUUGGUUGAUCUCGAGUACGCCGACGAUGUUGUUAUAUUCGCGGAAAGCAGUACGAAACUUCAACAUGUUGUCAACCUUGUAUCGAAGCUGGCUGCAGCCUAUGGACUACGUCUACGCCCUGAUAGACGCAAGCAAAUGUGGAUCUCUUCGAGACAUCGAACGGGAAUCAGGGUGGACGGACAACCGAUAGAACUCGUCGAUGAGUUCUGUUACCUGGGUUGUACGCUGAAGAACAACGGUAGCUACGAGAGAGAUGUACAGCAAAGAUGCGCUAAGGCCACUUCUGCAUUCAACUCCUUAACGAAAUGCCUGUGGUCGACCCCCAUCACCGACGAAGUCAAGCUGCGAGUCUACCUAUCCGCAAUUCGCCCCCAUCAUGAUGUAUGGAUCGGCAGCACCAUCUAA